AUGUUAAGAAAGUUUGUCGGUCCUAAGUCCAAACGGUUGAAAAUGGACACUAGGAAGCAUAGAUCGCAUAGUACACACAUGGGAGGACCAUCAUCUGCAAUUCAUGUUCGGGACGGAUCACAUCCUCAGUUCACCAAUGGGCAUUCGCAUGGCACCGGCCAGUAUCUUACAGCUGCCGCGAAUAUUAACAAUCACCUUGGUGGUCAUAAGACUUGGGUUAGCGAGGUAGAGCAUUUCAAAGCUCUUUCGACAACUGCGUAUGUUCAUAACGCUGCUCAAGAGAAGUUUAUCGAAGAAUACUUGACUGAAAUGCGUCAGUCUUACAUGGCGCAAGAGGUUAGGUCAAAUGAGGAACUAGAGGCAAAGGUCGAAAAGGCGGAAGAAGCAUGGCUCAGCGCCCAUGGAGUGUGUAAAGUGAGCAAAUCUGUGGUUGAGGUUGACAACGUGGCGAUCGUGGAUUUGAAGGGCAAAGAUGUUUGCCGUGAGGAGCGGGUGGAAGUGAGUACAUUAAGCGCGGGCCCUGAUAAGAAGGAAUUGGAGAAAGUAUUGCGAAAAGUUAGAAAUGAGCACAUACCCAAGGUCUCACCUUCACCAAGUCCUGAGAACUUUCGAUAUCUGGAAAACAGUAUCCGUAUGCUAGUGUCAAAGCAGACGAUAUGCUUCUGUGUGGAUAUCGAGGCCUAUGAAAGUAAUACAAAAGUGGUAACUGAAAUUGGAAUAUCGAUUUAUGAUCCUCGUGAGAACCUGUAUUCCGCGGUACCUAACUUCCGCACGUACCAUUUGAUCGUGAGCGAAUCGAUGCGUUUGCGCAACAACAAGUUUGUAUGUGACUACAAAGACUGCUUCCUGCAGGGAGAGAGCAUGGUGAUGACAUUGAACAGCUGCGUCGAAUUCAUACAAUCACUCAUCAAUUACUACAUGCUGCCCCGUACAGAGCCAGAUGGCACGUGGAACCGGGCUUUCGUGGGCCAUAAUGUUAAAGGUGACCUAAGAUGGCUCUCUAGUAUUGGAGUCAAGAUCCCCAAAGACCUUGACCAUGAAGUCCUUGCCCUCGGCCAUAAGAAAAAACGCAUCGGCGUGCUAGACACGGAAAAGCUCUUCCGCUUGUCCUACGGCAGCAAAGGUUCAAGUUUGGGCAAAAUCUUGCGUUUGCUCGAGAUACCGCAUGCGUACCUUCACAAUGCGGGCAACGACGCCUAUUUCACCUUGAAGUUACUCAUGCAUUUCUGUGAUAUCUCUUUCAGAAAGCGUCUAGGAAUGGAUGAUCUCUACGGAAUGGCACACAAAAUCGAAAUGUGGGGCGAAAGAGACCACCACGAACCCAAGAUCCUUCCCAUGUCUUAUACAUUGGCCACAAAGGAGUUUACAAAUCCCUCAUUAAGGAGGAAGAUUGUUUCUCAAACCGAAUUUGGCGGAUGUCGCUUUUUUAUGGAUCCAUUCCAAGCGUUUAAGUUCCGUGGAACAUGA